GCUAAAAAGAACAAACCUCUAGAAGCAACUGUAACAUAACCUCUCUAAAUUAGUUCGAAUUUUGUUCAGCCAUAUAUUGAAACUGAUAACCUCUCUAAAGCAUGUGAGUCCUUCCGUAUCUUCUUCGAUAUAACUAAAGAAUUAACAAGAGUACCAAAUAUUGCGAUCUAAAAUAGAAUUUUAUUUACUAUCAUGAACAAGAUACAUAGUCUCGAUAGAGUAUUGACACAUUUACGAUCUCUCAAUGUUUUCAAAAUGAACUUGAUAUCGCCAAGAUGUUUCUGUACGAAAAGUGAUUCGGGAGGAGGAGACAAAAACACGACGUUUGUAGAGUCUCCCGUUGCUGAAAAAGAAGUGCAAGUAGAAACGAAAAAUAAUACGGAAGCGUCAGGGACUAAAGUAAAACUAAGUGGUUUUGCGCAAAGUUACGAAAAAUUCUCGUCCAUCAAUAAGAAAGAACCAGAGAUACCGCAAACAUUUGCUUCCUUGAUUCGACACUCCAAGUUUGUCGAUUUGGGAGACCCUGAAGGAAAAAUGGUAAUUGGUGAGAUAUAUCAUGUGAUUGAUGACGAUUUAUAUAUUGAUUUUGGAUGGAAAUUUCACUGUGUUUGUCGAAGACCUGUUAAAAAUGGACAAUACUAUGUCAGAGGAUCAAAAGUUCGUUUAAGGAUCAAGGAUUUGGAGCUAUCUUCUAGGUUCUUAGGUGCUACCACAGAUAUAACUCUUUUAGAAGCUGAUUGUAUAUUGAUGGGUUUGAUAUCGUCACCAUUACAGAUGGCAGAACAGAAAAUAAAAAAGCCACAAAAGCAGAACAGAAAAUAGUACAUUCUUAAUUCAGUAAUAUCUAUAUCAUAUGCAAGUAAAGUUUAUAAUAUAAAUAUGAUAUGAAUGGUCAUUGUCUGUUGUAAGAACACUGUUAUAUCUUGUGUAUUCCACAUUUAAAAUAAUUUAUGACGUAAAUUAUUUUAAAAUUAAUAUACUUCUUUCAUUUA